AUGACAACACAAUAUUCUGUGGGCCGGAUCAGCAAAGAAGCCUUCCUGGUCUCAGUCGGCUUAUUUUUAGGACUUGCUAUCAUCGGCGUGAUAGGGCGUUUUGUAGUCCGAUUUGGUAUCCAGAGGCAUCGCGUCCAGAUCGACGACGGACUUCUUACAUUGGCCUUUGUCUUCGUCCUGACAAGCCAAGUUAUCAUCUACAGUAAAGUGGUCAACCCGAUGUUCUUGAUGGCUGCAGUGGAGAACAUGGUUCCGGGCGUCCAGCCGCCUGUGGAUGCGAUCGAGAUAUCAGAAAAUUACCACAGAUGGACGGUGGCCUCUCUGAUGAUUAGCUGGUGCUCAAUAUCCGCCGUCAAGUUUUUCUUUCUCAUGUUCUUCAAAAGGUUGAUCGACCGUCUGCGCCCUUGGCAGAUAUAUUGGUGGAUCGUCUUCACUGUGAACCUGAUUCUCUUGUCCUUCGGAAUCACGGUUUACUACAUCAGCUGUCCCUACUGGGGCGAACAAGCACUACAAUGCGCUACCGGGAAAUACAUGUCCAACCUCGUCCGAUACUCCGCCGCUCAAAUUUCUCUCGAUAUCGUGGGUGACCUUCUCAUCUUGGUGAUUCCCGUUGGCCUUAUCUUGAAAAUCAGGGUAGACUGGACUCAAAAACUUGCCUUGGGCAGCUCGCUUUGUCUGACCUUCGUCCUGGUCGCCCUAUCCAUCACCCGAGUCGCCGGCCUGAAGUACCACAAGCAAGUCGAUCUUAUUUGGGAAACAUACUGGCAGUCCAUGAGCGCCGAGCUAGGAGUCCUUCUAGCGGCAGCGAGUGCAUUCCGAGCGUUCUUCGUUUCACAAAAGCAAAACAAGGCAUACGUCCCGGCCUACGGCCAAAAGUUGAGAAUAUCUACAAAUAAGGCAUCUGUGGAGUCGGAGAAGAAGCCUGUGGAAUUCUCUGAUACAUGGUGUACAGAGCCGACUCCUACUACUGCUGACGGCUUCGAGCAUCUGCCCUUAGACGGAAGAAAUUCCGGUCAACAGGGGGACCUUGAGUGGCAUGAUUUGAUAUCGCCGAGCUUUCUACAUGAUCCAAGCCCCGUGGACGAUUUUGAUUAUGUUGAAAGGCCCAAGCCUGCACAUCUUCCCGAUGCUGUCUGA